UGAUGCGUUUGAGUUCAAGGAAGUUAAAACGAUUUAAACGCCGUCUGACGAAGAAGUAUCACAUCGAUGUGAGGAGGAUGGAAGUGAAAGCCAUUGUGUCAGUUAUGACAGACACAUAUAGAGGAGGUGCUCGUGACGUUGUGUCCUCAAUUCUAAAACACGUCAAAGGUCGGCGUAAACGGAGACACAGACGGCAGGCCAAUGAGAACGAUGGGAGUUCGACCUCAACUGCCAUUAACGAGGAGGUGGAUGACCAACGGACCUUAACAGGCUGACAGGCGUGGACCCUGGACUGGAGAUGGUUGACCAGAUGACACAACCAAGACUGGUGCCACUGAAUGACCAGAGCAAGAAGAAAGAAAGUCAAAUUCAGUUCGUACCUCAGAUUAAGAAAAAAAGACAAUCCAUUCAUUUCACUCAAAGUAAUAUACAGUAUAUAUUUUAUUUAUUUUUCUAUGCAGACACCAUUCAACUCAAAGGCGAGAUCAAAUUAGCCCUUAAGAAGUCCAGGAGCAUACUAGAGGGUUUGGCACAAAGUAAAUCAGCCCUUAAGAAGUCCAGGAGCAUACUAGAGGGUUUGGCACAAAGUAAAUCAGCCCUUAAGAGGAAGUCCAGGAGCAUACUAGAGGGUUUGGCACAAAGUAAAUCAGCCCUUAAGAAGAAGUCCAGGAGCAUACUAGAGGGUUUGGCACAAAGUAAAUCAGCCCUUAAGAGGAAGUCCAGGAGCAUACUAGAGGGUUUGGCACAAAGUAAAUCAGCCCUUAAGAAGAAGUCCAGGAGCAUACUAGAGGGUUUGGCACAAAGUAAAUCAGCCCUUAAGAAGAAGUCCAGGAGCAUACUAGAGGGUUUGGCACAAAGUAAAUCAGCCCUUAAGAAGAAGUACAGGAGCAUACUAGAGGGUUUGGCACAAAGUAAAUCAGCCCUUAAGAAGAAGUCCAGGAGCAUACUAGAGGGUUUGGCACAAAGUAAAUCAGCCCUUAAGAAGAAGUCCAGGAGCAUACUAGAGGGUUUGGCACAAAGUAAAUCAGCCCUUAAGAAGAAGUCCAGGAGCAUACUAGAGGGUUUGGCACAAAGUAAAUCAGCCCUUAAGAAGAAGUCCAGGAGCAUACUAGAGGGUUUGGCACAAAGUAAAUUAGCCCUUAACAAGGUCUACACAGAGACUUAUAUGGUCGCUUGUGAUUCUGCCACCGUCAAUAAAGAACAUGAGGUGUGGCAAGCUGAAACCGCACAUCUCCAACACACCUCGGGGGCCUCCGUCAUAAAAUGUCAAGAUAUCUUCAAGCAUGACGAAGAAGAAGAACCCAUCAGAUGUGUGGUGACAAAGGGAGUAGCUGGCAUUGGGAAAACUGUGGCAGUCCAGAAAUUCAUCCUGGACUGGGCAGAUGGGAUAGAGAAUCAACAUCUAGACCUUUUAAUUCGCAUUUCUUUACGGGAUCUAAAUUUGAUUAAACAUCGGCAAUGCAGCUUGCAUGGACUUCUUCAGGUGUUAUACCCUGAACUUAAGGACAUAGACAUAAAGAUGUAUUUUGACCAUAAGAUUUUGUUCAUUAUUGUUGGCCUGGAUGAGAUCCAACUGCCACUGGAGUUUCAAAAAAACAUUCCUAUAUCUGAUGUGUCAGAGUCUGCUACCCUGGACGGUAUACUUACAAACCUCAUCACUGGCCGUCUUCUCCCUAAUGCUCUCCUCUGGAUAACCUCUCGUCCAGUAGCUGCCAAUCGGAUCCCUCCAGAGAGUCGUGACCGAGAUCAGAGGGUUCGGUGAUUCACAAAAGGAUGUGUACUUCACAAAGGGAAAUCAGUGAUCCGUUGAUGGCCAGUAGUAUCAUCUCAGACCUUAAAUCAACCCGGAGCCUCUACAUCAUGUGCCAUGUACCGUUGUUCUGCUGGAUAGCAGCAACUGUUUUUCAGGAUAUCCUGGGUAAAGUCGGCCUAAAGUCUAGAUCUUUACCUACAACCCUUACUGAAUUGUACAUCCAUUACGUAGUGAACCAAACAAUUGUCAGUUUUAAGAAGUACGAUUCAACUCAUGAAGAUGACAAAGAAAAUACUUUGAAGCAAAACAAAGACGUCAUUUUCAAAUUGGGACAGCUGGCGUAUCAGAACCUGUUAAUUCACAAAGUGCAAUACACAGAACAGGACUUGAAGGACUGUGGUAUUAGUGUCAUGGAUGCUGCUGAAUGCCCUGGCCUAUGUACUGAAGUUGUACAAUCAGAGCAUGGACUGUAUCCCAAGAAACUGUACUGUUUCAUACACCUGAGUGUUCAGGAUUUCUUUGCUGCUCUGUACGCAUAUCAUGAAUUUGAAAACCGCAGGUUUGACUCAGUGAAAUCCUUAAUCAAAAAGAAGAAUGGAAGCACUUCCAUUGAUUUUUUUUAUAUUUUCUCAAAGGUGCCCUGGACAGUGCAUUAGAUAGUAAAA